AGGAGGGGACUUUAUUACGAGGAUCUGUAUUGAACCAAAGGCUUUGACAGCCGGUAUGUCACGUGUACGAUUCAUGCCGUUAACACUCAAUGCUAUCAAUGCAAACCAACACACGGUUGGAAUUUUCUUGUUUCUGAGUUUUACUGAUAGCUCAAUGCUGUAUAGUUUUUAAAAAUGAGAACUUAAAAUACGUGCAUGCUCACAUACGUGCUGUGUUAUGUGUUUGGUUGUUUAUAAUUCAUUGCCUGACCUUUUCUGACUUUUUAAAAUCUAAUUAAUCUAAAUGAACCUGAAAACUGCUAUGACAUUUACUUUUUGUUCAUUAUUAAAUUUAAAUUAGUUUAUCAUACAAUCAUGUUGGAAUUUAACCUCGAAUAACUUGACUACCUCUCUUUGGGGAAAACAGGCCCCAGUAAGCACUCAAGGUAAAUAAAAACUCUAUAUGCUAAUCAAAAGAAUCAUGCAGUUUUCUCAUUAAUCAGACCCUGGUUAUCAGGUAGUGGUCACCAACCUUUUUAAGCCCUAUUGGACUAUUGGAAUCCAUCACUGUCUUUUCUCUGGGGGGGCCGGGCCGGACCCCCCAGAGGGCAAUCAUUUGAUACUCUUUUAUCCAACCUCCCUUUAAUCCAUGACAUAAGGUGACAAAUGGACUUAUGACGCGUCCAUGAAUCAUCUCUCUGGGUGUCAAAAAGCACCCGUCAGGAAACCCUUUCCUGUCUAUUUUUAAAGGGAAGUGAACACUUGCUUGUACAGCACUUUGUUAUUUUCUUUUUCAUGCAGACGCCACCGUCAGCACAUACACUCGCGGCAUGAACGACUCCACUGAGCUGUCUUCUGCGGAGGAAAUGGCCCCUGAGGAGUUUGACGGCGGGACAGCAGUGGCUUGUGUGAUCCUGGCCCUGUCCUUCCUGGUGGGAGCUCCGGGGAACCUCCUGGUGAUCUGGACUAUCCUGAAGCACGUCAAGCAGCGUUCCCACACGGUGGUGGUCAUCCUGCACCUGGCCGUGGCCGACCUGCUGGUCCUCAUCACCCUGCCUCUGUGGAUCUACUCCCUGGCCCACUUCUGGCUGUUCGGAGAGGCCGCCUGCAAAGCCAUGGUCUUCAUGAUCAACACCUGCAUGUACAGCAGCGUCUUCCUCAUUACCCUCAUGAGCGUGGAGCGCUUCGUUGCCGUGCGGUACCCCUUCGUAUCGGCCGGCUGGAAGAGGAAAAGAGCUCUGAAUAAGGUUCUGCUGGCUCUGUGGACGGCAGCCUUCUUGUUCAGCAUACCCGUCAUCCCAACGCAGGUGGUAGGGGCGGAUUCCGGCGAGGAGCACUGCCUGUACCGCCAGUACAGUUCGCCGACCCAGGAGCUGGUGUGCAUGCUGCUGGAGACCCUGGUGGGCUACGUAUUACCCUUCUUCAUCCUGGUGGUCUGCUACGGUUGCCUGUGCAGCCGGAUCACGAAGAUGACCUUCAAGUCGAAGCGCAAGUCCACAGUUCUCAUCGCCAGCGUGGUGGUCGUGUUCGCCGUCUGUUGGACGCCUCAUCACAUAGUAAACGUCCUCUCGCUCAUCAUCCUGGCCUGUGAAGACCACCUCCCUGCCGCAGCGGAGAACCUGGAGAGCGCCAGGGACACCGUGACCUUCAUCGCCGGGGCCAUGGUCUUCAUCAGCAGCACCGUCAACCCCAUCCUGUACAUGUUCGCGGCUCGCUCCUUCAGGAGCUCCCUGCGGGACACCGGCAUCCAAAAGCUCUUCCGCCACAUCUCCAGCACCUCCCCAGGUGAGGGCAAUAAAGAGUUGUCCUUCGUGUCCAAGAGACAGAGCAAUCAGACCAACAGUUCUCAGUGUGUGUCGGAGUCAAAGGUUCAAAUGGACAUAUUAAUAAAAAUGUGCGAAAAUAAUCCAUCCUGAUAUUGAAAUGCUACGACAUGCCUGUGCUGUGUGUAGAUAUUCAUGUGUACAGUGUUAAGGUUUUUUAAAAGAAUUUUGUCUGAAAUUACAACACAGAAAAACAAGAAUUAAGAGAUAAUCUGUGUAAUACAUGCCAACUCUGUAAAUUACCUAAUUGAAAUGUUCUUUUUAAAAAGAGAUGUUUGUUUUUUAAUGGUUACCAUAUAUUUAUAAAUCUGACAUAUAUUAUGUACUUCUAUGUUAUAUAAGUGCCAUAUGGAAAAAUAAAUGUUUGAUAUGCCAACAUA